AUGAACGGUGGCUUCCCCAUCUUCGAUCAGGGGCAUCUCGGCAGCUGCACAGCGAACGCUUUGGCAGCAGCCUUCCACUUCACCCUCCACAAGAUGACGGUGGAGAACCACAAGGAUUUCGCCGACUUCACCCCAAGCCGGCUGUUCAUCUACUACAACGAACGCCUGGUGGAGGGCAGCGUGAACCAGGACGCUGGGGCGAUGAUCCGGGACGGCAUCAAGACGAUGUCCAAAGUAGGCGUGUGCCCGGAGAGUGUGUGGAAGUAUGAUGACCAGCAUGACUUCUUCAAGCAGCAGCCGGAUGACAAGGCCUACGAGCUGGCGCAGAAAUGCAGGGUCAUGGGCUACGCGCGCGUUGCCCAGGACCUGAGCCAGUUCAAGGCAUGCCUGAAGAACGGCUACCCCUUCGUCUUCGGCUUUGCUGUCCUUUCUAGCUUCCAGACGGCGGAAGUUGCCAGGACCGGCAAGAUGGUGAUGCCCCAGCCGACCGACCAGCAGCUGGGCGGCCACGCCGUCUGUGCCGUGGGCUACGACGACUUCCAGCAGUGCUUCAUUGUCCGCAACUCUUGGGGUGAAGCGUGGGGCGACAAGGGCUACUUCUACAUGCCCUAUGAGUACAUGUGCCAUCCCGCCCUUGCCUCCGACUUCUGGGCCAUCAACUGGGUCGAGGGCUUCAAGAACACGACCACCCAGAACCCGGUCAAGAAGUGA